AUGAAGGUUCUUCGUGACAAAGAUAUCAAAAGCUACUUGGACUCGGCCCUUUCGCAAGAGUCAAUUCUCACCCAGUUCCAGCCUGCCCUCAUCAAGGGCUUGCAAGCAUGUCUGGUAGACCCAGACAAGAUCAUCCCACCCCGGAUCGUGCAACCUUCCAACAAGCCAGGAGUGGACACCACCCACUUGUUCAUGCCAUGUAUAUCUCCCGAUGAGGUCGGAAUCAAGAUGAUCAGUGGUGGUCCCUCCAACAAUGCCCAAGGAUUGGGGUUCCAGGGAACCGUUCUUCUUCUCGAUGAAAACACAGGGGCCACCAAGGCCAUUCUCAACGCGGCAACCUUGACAGCGUUCAGGACUGCUUUGGCCAGUACAGCAGGUCUUACUAAGGUUAUCCCUGUGGAUUCCACCAUUCUUCCUGAGCUCACGGUAUAUGGAGUGGGUGCCCAAGCCUACUGGCACGUCAAGUUGGCGUUGAACCUCUACGGAUCCAAGAUUUCCACCGUGAACAUUGUGAACAGAACCUUGGCGAAUGCCGAAAAGUUGGCUCUGACUAUGGGAGCCGAGUUUCCUUCGGUGAACUUCAAUACGUUUCUGUAUCAGGACCAGGACCUGGGCAUGGUGCAACACGUCCAGAACAGUUCCAUCCUUUUCGGAUGUCUUCCAACCACCCUGGCCAACAUCAAGGGCGAGCACAUCAAUUCCGAUCCCCAGUACCCCAAGUUUGUGUCGUUGAUCGGCUCUUACAAACCGGAAAUGGUGGAGUUGGAGGUGGAGUACCUCAAGGCCGAGUUCAAGGGCAAAGUCCAGGUGGUGGUGNAUUCCAAGGAACACACCCUUCAUGAGGCUGGCGAGUUGAUCCAGUCAGGGAUUGGGCAGGACGGGCUUGUUGACUUGGCGGAAUUGUACGCUCACGACAUCAGCCGUGCUAGCUACACCACCAAGACCGGAGUGACAGUCCAGAAAUUGGUGGGGUUGGCCAUCAUGGAUAUUGCCAUCGGGACAUUUGUGUGCGACCAUAUUGAGGGAGGAAUCGACGUGGACGAAUUCUAG